AAAAACCCUAGCUAAGAGAUUUGUGGAAGCUUCCGAAUAUAGAUAGAUCAUUUACCUUCUUCUUUGCUUAUUACGACGCAACAAAGCACUCUUGAUUUCGUGUUCUCUCAGUAGAUUAUUUUAUUCGAACAACUUUUUUCACUAAUCACAAAAACCUCUUUCGUUCCCGCCUCCCCCCACAGAACUGUACAACCAUGGUUGACGGCGAAGUUGAAACCCUUCGAGGUUAUGAGCUCCGUCUCCUCCGGUGCACCGUCUCUUUAACACAACCAGAUCCUCCUCUCUUAUCCCAGUCCGGAGUUCAUCCACACGACUCUCUUAUAAGGUCCCUUUUGUCUUCAAUCGAGGCUGGAAACUAUCUUGGAGCCCUAGCCUCCGACGCUACUAAGCUAAUACUCGGCGAUUCCGAGUUCGACCUGGUCGACUCGGUUGAUUCCGCUGAACGAGUUUAUUCCCAGCUUCUCGACAAGGUCGAAUCGUUCGUGGUGAACGAUUCGUCAGAUGAAAUCGACAAGGCUCGCCGUGCUGUUCUGGUGAUGUGCUUAGCAAUCGCGGCUGCUUUGUGGUUCACUCGGUGCAAUUUGACCGGGUCGACGGAAGGAUCAACAAAUUCUGUACCGUUUAAAGAUUUAGUUGAAUGGGAGAACUGGGCUAAGAUUCAGCUCAUGUCUGCAGGUUCUGACUUGCUCGGGAAGUUUUCUAAUCUCCAACAUUUAGUUUUUGCUAGAUUGCUUCUGUUAAAGUUGAAAGAUUUGUUGUUUGAGACAACUGCAACUGAAACUUUUGAAUUAAGGAGUAUUUCAUGGUGGCUUGUCAGAGUUUUACUUAUCCAUCAAAGAGUUCUACACGAGCGAUCUUCAUCUUUGUUUGAGAUGUUGCAAGUUUACAUGGCCGAAGCUCUAGACCAUUUUGGAGCAUUGGAAAAAGUAAAAAGUUACUGGGGUUCCAAGUUACUAGAAGACGAAGCUUCAUCCAUUACGUCAACCAUCCAUCUGGAAGCAUGUGUACUGCAAUAUAUAUAUGGAAGGAUUGAUCCUUCUCGGUUGCAGCUUGAAUCUGCUAAAGCAGCAGCAGGGCUAGAGUUCUCUGUUACCGGGGCUCUUGGAUUUCGUACUAUUCACCAAGUAGUACCAAAGGCGCAGAUGGUAUUGGUAGCCAAUACUAGCUCAUCCAAUGGGGAUGUGAGGUUGGCCUCUGAGAAAGCUGAUGUUGGACCUUAUGGAGCUUGGGAAGGUGAAACACCUCAAGUAUUUAUGACUCCCAAACUAGUGAACAACGAGAGUGAAUCUGGCAAAGAUUCUGUGCCCUUAAAACCAGUUGAACAGGCAUUGAUUUUGGCCCAGUGCCUUCUAAUUGAAAGGGGUAGUCGGCACGAUGCAAUGCAAAGUUGGGAUAUGGCUCCAUAUAUUGAGGCAAUUGAUUCUCAAAAGUCAACAUAUUUUGUUCUACGGUGUUUUUGUGACUUAUUGCGUGUUCGAUGGGAAUCAUCUCGAUAUCGUACAAGGGAACGCGCCCGGGAUAUGAUGGAUAAGCUGGUUGGAGCUAUUAGCAAGAGCGAUCCUGGAGUAUCAAAUAGGAUCCCUUUAUGCUAUGCAGUGUAUCUUCCUACUAUUCCUGCUUUGAGAAAGGAAUACGGUGAGCUUCUGGUGAGUUGCGGUUAUGCUGGGGAAGCAAUCACAAUAUUUGAGAGCCUGGAAUUGUGGGAUAAUCUAAUUUACUGCUACUGCUCCAUGCAAAAGAAAUCAGCGGCUGUACAUCUCAUCAAAGCACGGCUUCAUGAACGCCCAAAUGACCCAAGAUUAUUGUGUUCAUUGGGUGAUGUUACGAUUAACGAUUCCUGUUAUGAAAAAGCCCUGGAAGUUUCAAAUGACAAGUCAGUUCGUGCUAAGCGGGCUCUUGCUCGUAGCGCAUACAAUCGCGGUGAUUUUGAGAAGUCGAAGAUACUGUGGGAGGCUGCAAUGUCCUUGAAUUCUCUGUAUCCAGAUGGUUGGUUUGCUCUUGGUACUGCUGCGUUGAAGGCCAGGGAUGUUCAGAAAGCACUGGAUGCAUUCACUUUCGCUGUUCAACUUGAUCCUGACAAUUGGCAGGCUUGGAACAACAUUGCUUCUCUGCAUAUGAUUAAGAAAAGGAGAAAAGAAUCAUUCAUUGCGUUUAAAGAAGCACUUAAAUUAAACCGAGAUAGCUGGCAGAUAUGGGAGAAUUUCAGUCAUGUAGCUAUGGAUGUGGGGAAUACUGAUAAGGCCUUUGAAGCUAUACAACAGGUACUGAAAUUGAGCAAAAACAAGAAGAUUGAUGUUGUUUUAUUGGACCGUAUAAUGACAGAGUUAGAAAAUAGGAAUUCAGCAUGUAAGUCAUCAUCUAUUGGGAGAACCGGAGAUCGACCGAGAUCGACGGUCGAGACGAUUGCCCAAGAAUAUGGAAAUCAUGCCGGAGAUUACGAUUCGGUUUGGGUUGAUCUCAUCGAUCUCCCAAUAUCAUCUUUAUCGAUUGAAAUCGAAGCUUCUUCAGAUGAACUGACGGAAACAAAACAGUGUGCUGCAACACCAGCUGAAACUCAACGCCACCUAGAGUUGCUUGGGGAAAUUAUUCAGCAGAUUGUCAAAACAGAUAGUACAUCUGAAAUCUGGGGAUUAUAAGCAAGAUGGAGUAGAAUCUCAGGAGAUCUUACGGCUUGCAGCGAGGCACUGUUAAAACAAGUGCGAUCAUAUCAGGGAUCAGAAGUGUGGAAAGACGACGACCGUUUCAAGAAGUUUGCAAGAGCAUUAUUGGAACUUUGUAGAGUGUACAUGGAGAUGUCAGUGUCGACAGGAAGCAGACGAGAACUGUUGAGUGCUGAGAUGCAUUUGAAGAACACAAUCAAACAAGCUAGAGAGAGCUUCCCGGAUACUGAAGAAUUGAAAGAGUUUGAAAGUUGCCUUGAGGAGGUGAGAAAUGUUAUGCAGAAGACGGAAGAGAAUAGAAGAAAUACAAAAACAUGCGGAGUGUUUUAACAGAGAUCAUUUUUGUUGUUUUGAGAUGCUAUAUCUUAAUGGUUUUUUUUUUUUUUUUUUUUUUGCGGUUACUUGUAAGAGUUUUGAGUUCACAUAUAUCUGAAAUUCCUCAGGGGAUGCAGAAGCAGAUAAUAAUCACAUCUCAUCUUA